UACCGGAGGAUUUGGCGCUUGGAGAAAUAGACAACUUCACGCUAGACGGUCCUGAGUUCGGUAUUAAUUUGGGACGACCCGACGAUUCCGCAGAAUCGUGGGUGUUUUCCGUACCGUCCUUACGUGCUUGCUCUUAUGGUAUGGGGAAUCUGUUUAGGAUACGGUCGAAAGACCGAUCGGUUAUACCUGUUGA